CAGACAGUGAGCCGAUGUCUGGCGAACUGGCCGUCAUGUGGGAUUGAUUGCAGGGGAGUAUGUUUGGGCUGGAGCAGUUUGGUUCUCAGAUUAAUAGCAGAAACCCUGGCCAGUCAGAGAGAAACAUAAACCAACCGAGACUGAACAUGGGCUCCCAUUAUAAAAGCCCAGGUUUUCACGCUGGUGGCCCGCCGGGAGCCGUGGAGCCCGGCAUGGGCCCUCUGAGCGAGCCGCAAAUGCUCGGGCUCAACAUGAAUAUGAAUGGUGAGCAGUACGGGGGCUUUCACCCGCGGGGCCACUCGGACAUGCAUGCAGGCAGCGGACUUCAGCAGCAGCAGCAGCAGCAGCAAGGACCCAUGCAUGGAUUUUUUAACAACCAGCAACCUCAUCAAGGACAUCCUCACGGCCACCAACCUCACCCCCACCAACCUCACCCUCAUUUCAGUGGGAAUUUUGGAGGCCCAGAGCCAGGAUCAUCAUGCCUGCACGGUGGCAGGCUAAUGGGCUACAACAACAAUGGCAUGGGACCACAGCAGGGCUUUGGAGAAGGAUUUGAUCCUCUCGCUGAGGGACAGGCAGGGGAUGGCUUUCCCCAGCAGCAGCAGCAGCAGCAGCGGCCUGGUAACAUGCCUGACUUUCAACAUCACGGGCCUCCCAGUGGCAGCCAUGCUGUCCCUGCCCCCUGCCUACCCCUGGACCAGUCACCUAACAGAGCAGCAUCCUUCCAUGGUCUCCCUUCCUCCUCGUCCUCCUCCUCUGAGUCUCACGGCCUGGAGCCUCGACGGCUGCCCAACCAGGGAGCUGUAGAGGGUUUAGAGUAUAACUUCCCAAGUGAGCCUCCAUCUGGACAUUUUGAUGUACAUGUAUUUUCCCCAUCAGAGUCAGAAUCUCAGUUACCCCAUUUUGGGCCAGGAAGGCCAGUUCCCAGUGGUAAUUUCCCAGGGAACCCUGGCAUGCCACGGACGCCAGGUAUGCAGGGCAUCUCGAAGGGACACCAGCCGCCACCGCAGCCCCAGCAGCCUCAGCACGGAGUGUUUUUUGAACGUUUUGGAAAUGGCCGGAAGGUGCCCGUGGGAAUGGAGCCGGGGGUCAAUGCAAGACAUCCUCUCAUGCAGCAGCAACAACAGGCUGGCUUGAUAGCCAGACAGAACUCAUGCCCCCCUGGCCUCCCCAGACCCCCUCAGGCUGAGCCUGGCUCUACUAACCCUAACAUUCUGGACGGAGGGGUCAUGAUGCCUGGCCAACACAACCAGUUUGAAUAUCCCAUUCACAGACUGGAAAAUAGGGGUCUGCACCCCUAUGGGGACCCCAUGUUUAAUAUGCAACAGCCAGCUCCUCCUCCCUCCCAACAGCCCCCGAAUCAGAGGCUGCAACACUUUGACUCUCCUUAUAUGAACAUGGCAAAAAGGCCUAGAUUUGACUUUCCAAACACACAUGGAGGUGAGGGCUGGUGUGGUGGUAUGGAUAACCACCUCUCUCCCACCGCCUACCCCGGCCUGCCUGGAGAGUUCACCCCACCUGUGAGUGAAGGGUUUCCACCAGGUCCCCUGCAGCAUCCGGGGCCUGAACAGCAGUCUCUGCAGCAGCGCCAGAAUGCAGCCAUGAUGAUAAAACAGAUGGCCUCCCGCAACCAGCAGCAAAGGAUGAGGCAGCCCAGUCUGCAGCAGCUGGGUCACCACGGCGAUGUGCCUCCCGGCCCGAUGGCUCACGGAGGCCCAGUCGGGAGCAUGCCUCAGCCCAACUUUGACAGGGAGAAUGGUGGCAGGAUGCCCAACAUUGAUGGACAAAAUCCUCAUGUAACUCAGGAGAACUCCUGGUUCCAAGGGUCCCACCCACCAGGGGAGAUGAUGUCACGGCGUAUGGGUGGAGCGGGUAAUGAAUCAGGGCCCCAUGACAUGGGGCUACAGCAGAACGGGGCUGGGAUGAUGUUUAGGCCAAGCAUGGGCAUGCAGGAGCCCAUGAGAAUACCAGGAGAUGGGCAUGUGCAGGCUCUCCAUUCCCCGGGAAUGCACUCACAGUUCAGCGGUAACAUGGGCAACCUCUCACAAAUGCAGUCUCCAGGAGCAGGAGCAGGGCAUCCGAAUGCACCAGCAGAGAGGCGGCCAGCUGACUUCCCCGCACCUCCAAUGGGAGCACAGCCAACAUUUCCCUAUGGGGGGGCUAACCGUCAGGGGCCAGCCCACAGUGCUCCCCAGGGGGUGAGCACCUCACCAGGGACCUACCCUCCUCAGCCUGAGUUCCCCUCAGGCCAGCGGUCGUCUGUUAGUAAGCUUGGAGCUCUGUCCCUUGGGAACUUCAGCAAAACCAGUGCUAAAGACAGUGUUUUCGGCCAGAGCUGCCUGGCGGCCCUUUCCACGGCCUGCCAGAACAUGAUCGCUAGCCUAGGGGCCCCCAAUCUUAACGUAACAUUCAACAAGAAGAACCAAAAUGAGGGCAAGCGAAAACUGAGUCAGACAGAGCAGGACAUUAAUAGCAGCACAUCUAAUGGGACUGGCAGUGCUGGUCCUGAAUAUUUUCAGAGCAGCACUUCCCAGAACAGCCAGAUGCCUGGCACCGGGAAUAGCAACUCUAAGCCUGCAAGUCAAAGCCAGACGGUGCAGGGGGAAGCCAGUGCCCUCUCCCCAAAUUACAACAUGGACGCUACCCCGUGCAGUGAGGGGAAGGCAACAACAGGGAGUGGGAGAGGGAGAGGGAGGAGAAAAAGAGACAGUGGACAUGUGAGCCCUGGGAUUUUUUUUUCCUCUGACAAUGGUAACCCUGUUGUAAGUCCAGGCCAGCAGACCCCCUCGGCUGGCGUUGGGGAGAGGGGUGGGGGCACGCCCCAUGAGAAACACCUCCAGUCACCCUCUUGGGGAAAAGGAGGCGACCUAAUGUUGGGGGACCAGGCCGACCUGAUGUCUUCUUUGGACAGUGGCAUUCAAAGCGUCGCCAAGUCUGACAGUAGCUCACCACGAGUGGACUUUCCUGACGAUGUCAGCACCCACUAUGGCAACGAGGAUGAGGUGUCCUCCAGCUCAGACGCAGGAGGGACCUCGGCCACGAAGCCAAACCGCAGCCCGAUGAUCACCGGCUCACCCAAAAUGCCGAGGGGUGACCACGGGCUGAUAAAUGGACAGAAGCCCCUCGGCAUGGGCAUUAACAAUCAUACUACCUCGACGCCAGACAGCUAUGGACUGAAUGCUGGUGGGGGCACAGGGGCCAGUGGGGUGAGCCACCCGGGCACUCCUGGGGUGGAGCAGGUACGCACCCCAUCCAGCACCUCCGGCCAGGAAGAAAUCCAUCCUCUGGAGAUUCUGCAGGCCCAGAUCCAGCUACAGCGGCAGCAGUUCAGUAUCUCUGAGGACCAGCCCCUGGCCAUGAAGAACGGCAAAAAGAAUGGCGACUGUCCCUCGCAGAACGGAGACAAUGAGCUGGCAAGCUGCAGCCCGGAUGCUGGGAAGGGCUCAAUGGGCACUAUUGACCUUGACACCCUCAUGGCAGAGCAGCACGCCACCUGGUACGUGCCGAGUGACAAGGCCAUGAUGGACGGGUCAGAGGAUGACAAGGCCAUGGGACCAUGGGAAAAAAAUAAGAGCCAAAACAGCAGUAAAGAAGAAUCAGAGCUGUCCCAGAGUAAGGCUGGAGCCGGGGCCCCAGGAGCCGGAGGAGGAGGAGGAGGAGGAGGAGGAGGCGGGAGCGGCGGAGGGAACCACCUGCAGUGCCUGUCCGUCCACUGCACAGACGAGCUGGGGGACAGCAAGGGCCGAGGGGGGCCCGUCUCGUCCUGGCGCUCUCUCCAUUCUGAUAUCUCCAACCGGUUUGGGACGUUCGUGGCGGCACUGACUUGAACGAAAAAGCAGGCCCAGCAGGAAGAGGGGAAGAAGAUCGCCAGCUAGGACGAUUUGUCAGAGACAAGCAGCGAUGAUGAGGAGGAUGAUGAUAAAGUGUCGAUGAGGCAACAGCGAGCAGCUCCUGCCUGUUCAGGGACAGAAAGACAUUAACGCUCAUAAAUGCAAACAUGAUCACACACACUCACUCUCUCUCUCACACACACACACACACACUCAAAUCACACGUUUUUUCUGACACACGCAGUCACACUUUAGGACGCUCUCUCACACACUGCUGGACAAUGCAGCGCGGGCUCUUCUCAACGACGCCCACAUCUGGAAAAACCUCAAGUCAAGUUUUUUUUGUUUUUUGUUUUAUUUUCUUUGUUGAAGAAAAAUAAAGAAAUGUCAGCGGAGGAGAAUACAAAAGAAGAAGAAGAAGAAGAAGCAGCAGAAGAAGAGAAGCUCUGUUGUCAUUGGCUGUGAUUGUAUACCAGUGUUGAGUCUUGUGGUGCGAACAUGACUUUUACCCUGUUGCUGGAUCCAGCCGGCCUGCUCUCGCCUCAGUUAUGGUUACAGCUCUGAUGUGUAACUUCAUCCUUCCCAUAAAGGCAACUUCGCUGUUUGCUGCCUGAAAUUUACCCCAAAUCCAGUCUCCUUAUCUAGACAGAAAUAGAGAUUUUUUUCCCCACCACGCUCGAGUGAAGCCGACUGUUUCAUUAGAAGUGGCCUGAGAAGCAGAACUAGAGGAAGAAGGGAAAAGGGGUGAUUAUGCAUGAAUGUAACUCAACAACUUUUUCCCUCUUUGUCAAAGCAAAGUUUAACUUUUAUCAUUUGCUGCUUUAUCAUUUAAGAAUUGUUGUACUUCUCUGUUCUUUAUACUGGUGAGAAUAUCUUUCCCCCACUCUCUUCUCUUCUCUUCUCUUCUCUUCUCUUCUCUUCUCUUCUCUUCUCUUCUCUUCUCUUCUCUUCUGUCCACCUUAUGAGCUCAGCCACUUGUAUACAAAUCAGCCAAUGGGAACUGAAAACAGAGGUCAAGGGAUUGUUUAAUAAGGGAAUUGAAAAAAAAGACUAUUGGUAUUGCACAUGUAUAAUAAGAGAAAAUUUGCUGUGUGUUAGGCAAUCUUGUAAUCUUUAAAUAAAGCUUCUGUUGAAUUUGAAUUUCUGAAACAAUAGAUGGAGGACUGUGACGGCAAUUUACGAACUGAUUUUUGUUUUUUUGUUUCCUUUUUUUAAUAAUAUGUAAAGUGCAGUCGUCUGUUUUCCUGCAUAUUGUAUAUAUCUGUAUAUGUUUUAUUGAGUAACUAAAUAACAAUAAAUAUGACGUUAAAGGUGG